ACGGCGGCGGCUUCACGAGGGCUUCACACUUCACUCCCAUGGAGGAAGCCAUUUCUCGAAUUCUCACAGAGCUCGAAGAAUUUCGCCAUUUCGACCACUCUACAACUCUCCAUUCCCAUCCUCCGCUCUCCCAAUCCGCUCUUUUCGACCUUCAAACUUUGUUAGACAACUCAAUUAGUACCGAUGAACAACAACCACUCGAUCGUCUCUAUGAGGACCUCUCGGCUAAAUCCCUCUCUCCUUCCUCUCUUACUCGCGCCAUUGCUUCCGCCAUGGAUGAAUCUUCCACCUGUGUUUCGGUUUUAGCCUCUACAGUCUAUCUCUCUCUUCUUUUGGCCUCUAAUGCACCGGUCUUCACGCUUUUCAAUCCCAUGGAUUUCCUCUCGUUUCUCAGGUGUGUGAGGAGAUUCUUGAAGCAGCGACCACAGGGUCAACAGGACCAGGAUGAUUCUAAUAAGGAGUCUAGUGCUCCCAAAAGGAAGAGGAAAGCCGGUUUUAAGGGUAAGGGUUUGCGGAAACGUCCGAGGCAGAGUUCUAGUGGCAGAUACGAUGAUGGUGAAUUGGAUGCAAGAGUUUUGUAUCCCGUACUUGAGAGGUUAGAGAUUUUAAUGAGUGUAAUUCAUUUGGAUCGAUUUCCGGAUAGUUUGAAAUCUUUGAUUGAAACUGUAAUUGAUAUUCCUGUUUUGGCACUUGAAAUAUGUACCAAUUUAAGUAUCUAUAGUAAGUUCACUGAUUUUUGUUCGCGGAUUUUGAGUGCUAUGUUGCGUCCUGAGGGGGAUCUAUCGAAUACUGCUGUUGAGGUGAUUAAGUCUCUAUCACCAUUGAUUCUUAAUCAUAAAGAUCAGGCGCGAGCGUUUGCGCUAGAGUUUGUGACUAUUCAAAUAGGGAAGGUGGCAAAGGAAUCAGAUGGUGUUAAGAGUGCUCUAGUGAAUCUUCCAAGGUAUUUGGUUCAGAAGGCGCCUGAGAAAUCUGAGCCUCGUAGUUUAGCAGUUGAUUCAAUAAUGGAGGUUGUUAAAGCGCUGGAAUUACCCGAUCAAAGGUUUGUGGAUUAUGCAGUGAAGAUGACUCAAGGAAAGUCUAAUCUUAGGCUGUUAGCGGUUGAUCUCAUCUCAAUGCUGAUAAUGUCCUUGAGUGAUCCAAUGGUCAUUGAUUCGAAAAUUGAGUUAAAGGAUUCGUGGGUUUUUGGGUGCUUGGUGGCAUUGGUUCAACGUUGUUCAGAUGCCAGUGCUCCAAUUCGUGCUCGAGCACUUACCAACUUAGCUCACCUUGUGGUGUUCCUGUCUGAGAAUGACAAGAAUAAGGCCUUAAUGAAGGAAAUUUUGGGGCCUGGUGAUGGUGAAAUUCUUGGUCUUUUGCGGAAAAGGUGUGUGGAUCAAAAGGCGGCAGUUAGGAAGGCUGCAUUAUUUCUGGUUACCAAGUGUACAACCGUCCUUGGUGGAGCAAUGGAUGGUGAUAUGCUAAAGACGGUAGGAAUUGCUUGUUCUGACCCACUCGUUAGCAUACGGAAAGCUGCAAUGUCGGCUCUUUCCGAGGCCUUUCGAAGAUUCCCAGAUGGAAGUGUCAUGGUCGAGUGGCUACACUCAAUUCCACGUUUGAUUGCUGACAAUGAAUCUAGCAUUCAAGAAGAGUGUGAACACUCGUUUCAAGAACUAGUGCUAGACCGGUUGGCUAGAGCUGAAUCUUCAAGUUUACCUAAAGGAGUAUUGGAUCUUCUUAAAGAGAUAAGUCAUGCAGAGGUAAUUCCUUGGGUGAAGAAAGUUUGUGCCAACUUAGGAAAAAAGAAACGAUUAAAACGCACAAUUGCCGAUUCACUUCAGGUAAUUAUAAAGACAUCUGAAUCCUUAUGGCGAAGCCAAUCUUUGCCUCCAGAGAAGUGGACAGCUCCUCCGGGUGCCUGGUUCCUGUUGUCAGAAGUGUCCACUUAUCUUGGGAAAGCCAUUGAUUGGGAAUUUCUUCAUCAGCACUGGAAACUCCUUGAUGAUCAUGGUAGGACUGUUCAAAGUUCAGUGACUCAAGUAGGUUUAUUUGGAGAGGAAAACAAUUCAGAGUCAAAUUCCGUCGCUUGGGCUCAAGAUCGGGUUUUUCUCUUACAAACCAUCUCCAAUGUUUCUGUUGAGCUGCCUCCAGAACCUGCAGCAGAUUUAGCUCAUGAAUUGCUUAAAAGGGUUGAAGAAUUCAACAUGCAUCCAACGGAGGUGAAUGCACAUGUAAAAACACUUAAAACAUUGUGCAAGCGGAAGGCUUCGCAAUCUACUGAAGCCGAUGCCCUCAUCCUAAAAUGGGUAAACCAGCUUCUUUCGAAAGCCUCGGACAUAUUGGAGAAGUACAUAUCCAACCAUGCGGAAGCAAACAAAGAUGUGAACUUCACAACACCACCUCCUAAAAGUGGUAGUCGAUGGGGAAGAAAGCAUCUGCUAGGAGCAAGCCUUGUCCGAGCAAUCACUGCAGCUUACACCAUUGGCUCUUUGAUUCUCAUUUGUCCAUCGGCUGACAUGACUACCAUAGUACCACUUCUCCACACCAUUAUUACUUCUGGAAACCGUGAUCUCAAAUCUAAUAAACUACCAAUUCAAACCGCAUCUCUGAAGGAAACUGCUCCUUCUUUAUACAUUCAAGCAUGGUUGACAAUGGGGAAGAUUUGCCUUACUGAUGAGAAGCGAGCAAAGAGUUACAUUCCUCUAUUUGUACAGGAGCUUGGAAAUAGUGAUUGUUCAGCGCUUCGCAACAAUCUUAUUAUCACAAUGGCAGAUUUUUGUGUACGCUAUAUUGCUCUAGUUGAGUGCUACCUUACGAAAAUCACAAAGUGCCUUAGCGAUCCUUGUGAACUUGUCAGAAGACACACAUUCAUACUUCUAUCCAGAUUAUUACAGAGAGACUAUGUGAAAUGGAGAGGGGUUUUGUUUCUUCGGUUUCUUUUGUCACUUGUAGAUGAAUCAGAGAAUCGUCAACUAGCAGAUUACCUUUUUGGUAACAUUUUGAAAGUGAAGGCCCCACUUUUGGCUUACAACAGUUUCAUAGAAGCAAUUUAUGUUUUGAAUGACUAUCGUGCUCAUUCUGGACAUAGCGAUUCGAAGGCAUCACGAGCUGAAAGUCGACCAUUCUCCAUCCGAGGCAAUGAUGAAAGGUCGAGGUCCAGGAGAAUGUGCAUUUAUGUUUCUCUUUUGAAACAAAUGGCUCCCGAGCAUCUUCUGGCCACCUUUGCAAAGUUAUGUGCAGAAGUUCUUGUUGCAGCAUCCGAUGGUAUGCUCAAUAUAGAUGAUACUACUGCACGUUCUGUUUUACAAGAUACCUUUGAGAUUCUUGCUUCUAAAGAGAUUCGACUAUCAAUAAAUCGAGUAUCAUCAUCAGAAUCUGGUGAUGUAGGUGAGGAAGGGGGUGAGAGCGGAGAAGCAUCUGCUGCUAGAGGAAAGGUCAUCACUCACGCAGUGAGAAAAAGUCUCAUACAAAACACCAUACCCAUCUUCAUUGAGUUAAAAAGGCUAAUGGAAAGCAAGAAUAGCCCCCUUAUAGGUUCCCUCAUGGAAUGCCUUCGAGUUCUUCUCAAGGACUACAAGAACGAAAUUGAUGACUUAUUGGUAGCUGAUAAGCAACUUCAGAAAGAGCUCCUCUAUGACAUUCAAGAUAUGAAUGUACCAAAGCCAAAAUUUCACUAA